GGCCGCGGGGCGGAGGCUUUAUAACCACUUGGUAGCAGCUGCUCGGCUUCUACCUCCGGGAGGGCGGCUGAGGCGGCGGCCGCGGCGCCGGCUGGGGGCGGGGGCCGCUGAGGCGGGAGCUGUGGCGGCGCUGGGCGCCCCGGGCUCCUCGACCUUUGCGGGCCAUGGGCUCCGAGAAGGACUCUGAGUCGCCGCACUCCACAUCCCUACACGCGGCCGCGCCCGACCCCAAGUGCCGCAGCGGCGGCGGCCGGCGCCGGCGCCUCACCUUCCACAGCGUCUUCUCGGCGUCGGCCCGCGGUCGCCGCGCCCGGGCCAAACCUCAGGCCGAGCCGCCGCCCCCGGCCGCUCCGCCGCCGCCGCCGCCGCCCGCCUCAGCCCAGACAGCCGUCCAGGCCCCGCCGCCCGAGGCGCUGCCCGCCGAACCGACGACAGCCGAGGCCGACGCGGAGGCCGCGGUGGCGGCAGCGGCGGGGCCCGGGCUCGACGAUGAGGAGGCGGCGGAGGGCGGCGGCCCGGGCGCGGAGGAGGUGGAGUGUCCGCUGUGCCUGGUGCGGCUGCCGCCCGAGCGGGCCCCGCGCCUCCUUAGUUGUCCGCACCGUUCGUGCCGGGACUGCCUCCGCCACUACCUGCGCCUGGAGAUCAGCGAGAGCCGGGUGCCCAUCAGCUGCCCCGAGUGCAGCGAGCGGCUCAACCCGCACGACAUCCGCCUGCUGCUAGCCGACCCGCCGCUCAUGCACAAGUACGAGGAGUUCAUGCUGCGCCGCUACCUGGCCUCGGACCCCGACUGCCGCUGGUGCCCGGCCCCGGACUGCGGUUAUGCUGUUAUUGCUUAUGGCUGUGCCAGCUGCCCAAAGCUCACCUGUGAGAGGGAAGGCUGCCAGACUGAAUUCUGUUACCACUGCAAGCAGAUAUGGCAUCCAAAUCAGACGUGUGAUAUGGCCCGUCAGCAGAGGGCACAGAAUUUGCGAGUUCGGACCAAACACACUUCAGGUCUCAGUUACGGGCAAGAAUCUGGACCAGAUGACAUCAAGCCAUGCCCACGAUGUAGUGCUUACAUUAUCAAGAUGAAUGAUGGGAGCUGUAAUCAUAUGACCUGUGCAGUGUGUGGCUGUGAAUUCUGUUGGCUCUGUAUGAAAGAGAUCUCCGACUUGCAUUACCUCAGCCCCUCUGGCUGUACAUUCUGGGGCAAGAAACCAUGGAGUCGGAAGAAAAAAAUUCUUUGGCAGCUGGGCACAUUGAUAGGUGCUCCAGUGGGGAUUUCUCUCAUUGCUGGCAUUGCCAUUCCUGCCAUGGUCAUUGGCAUUCCUGUUUAUGUUGGAAGGAAGAUUCACAGCAGGUAUGAGGGAAAGAAAACCUCCAAACACAAGAGGAAUUUGGCUAUCACUGGAGGGGUGACAUUGUCAGUGAUUGCGUCCCCAGUCAUCGCUGCCGUCAGUGUAGGUAUCGGCGUCCCCAUUAUGCUGGCAUAUGUGUAUGGGGUUGUACCUAUUUCUCUCUGUCGUGGAGGUGGCUGUGGAGUUAGUACUGCCAAUGGAAAGGGAGUAAAAAUUGAGUUUGAUGAAGAUGAUGGUCCAAUCACAGUGGCAGAUGCUUGGCGAGCCCUCAAGAACCCCAGCAUUGGGGAAAGCAGCAUUGAAGGCCUGACCAGUGUACUGAGCACCAGUGGAAGCCCUACAGAUGGACUCAGUGUUGUGCAAGGCCCUUACAGUGAGACAGCCAGCUUUGCGGCCCUCUCCGGGGGCACCCUGAGUGGCGGCAUUCUCUCCAGUGGCAAGGGGAAAUACAGCAGGUUAGAAGUCCAAGCUGAUGUCCAAAAGGAAAUUUUCCCCAAAGACACAGCCAGUCUUGGUGCAAUUAGUGACAACGCAAGCACUCGUGCUAUGGCCGGUUCCAUAAUCAGUUCCUACAACCCACAGGACAGGUACAGCAUGACCCAUGCAUGACUCAGCAAAGUGGAUUUUGUCUCCACAGAGAAUGCAACAACAUGGAAAUCCAAGUGGACAUUGAAGCCAAGCCAAGUCACUAUCAGCUGGUGAGUGGCAGCAGCACGGAGGACUCCCUCCACGUGCAGGCUCAGCUGGCCGAGAAUGAAGAAGGUGGGAGUGGUGGCAGUGGUGGUGGCAGUGAAGAGGCUGCUCCCUGCAAACACCAAAGCUGUGAACAGAAAGACUGCCUGGCCAGCAGACCUCGGAACGUCAGCCUGGCCCAGCCCGAGAGCAUCCGCAGUGACCUGGAGAGCUCUGACGCACAGUCCGACGACGUGCCAGACAUCACCUCAGAUGAGUGUGGCUCCCCCCGCUCCCAGGCCGCAGCCUGCCCCUCGCCCCCCAGCGCCCAAGGUGCACCGAGCCCAAGUGCCCAUAUGAACCUCUCUGCCCCCGCUGAGGGUCAGACUGGCUUGACACCAGACGGUGCAGAAGCCAGAGUAUGAAGUGGAAUAACCGCUCCCAUUUGAGAAGCACACUUGUUGUAACGGCAUCUUUUGGAAUCUUUUUUGGAGGGGUGGUGGGGUGGGAAUUCACGUAUUUUAUUUCAAGGAUUCUCUAGUCACAGAUUUACCCCAGGAAAAAUCUGAGGAAUUUGGAAUUUCUUAAUAGAUAAAAUAAGAAAACUUUGCUCUUAGCCCUCCUCCCCUUCCCCCUCCUUUUUCAGUUUUAAUUUAUUGGUUAACCCGAUGUUGACAAUCCAUGAGAUGUCAGAGUGUACAUAUGUAUGUGUGUAUAUUGUAUGUAUGCUAACAUAUUACCUAAGGAUACAUUUUAAUAAAGAUUUCUGUCAUAAUUCAA